AUGAACGACAGCGGCAAGUGCGCGUUUGUGUUGGGCAUCGAGCUGGUGGACAACGACAACGAAAGCAUGACGAUGUGCCAGCGACGCUACGUGGAAGAUGUCCUGUGA